GAAGAAUUCGAUGGAAUUUUUAGACAACAACGAUACGCGCUUGUUUUUCCAGAAGAAAAGAUGGUGAAGAAGUUUUGUUAAUUUUAUAUAAUGUUAUUUUAUAGAAAAGAGUGACUUAUGUAAUUCAACACCAACAAUUUGUAUGAUGAUUCCGGAUUCCAAUAUGUCGCUCAACUCAGAAAUUUCGGCCGCGUUGCAAGUAUUAGAACAAAUUCAAGACAGUAUACGAACAUCAGACGAUGAAAAGUUGAAGACCCAAACGAAAAGCGAUCUUAAUCUACUCAUAAGCACCCUUCAGAACCCUAUUCUCAGAAGUAUCGCCACAAUUCAGGGAUCUCUUAGUGAAUUGGACACGCAGUUACAAGAGCACCCGUCCAUAUUACCAGCCGAUUUCAAUAUCACCGAAUCUGGCGAUUUAGAAUUAAAUGUACAGAAAAGCAUUUACGAAACGGACUAUCAACCUUUGUCGCGAGAGUUCGACGAUCAACGUGUUCCUGUAGCUAAACUAUCGUCUUCUUCGGGAGAACCUUCGUCUCCUCAGAUAAAUACAUCCGCCGUCGACGAACUAUCGUUACCUCCGAUUACGACACAGUCUUAUGCAUUAGAAUUUCAACGCGUUAUUGACGAAACUUCACAUGGCCGAGAAGUACUAACCAUUCAAUUAUACAAGCCCGAUGGAAACAGUUUGGGAUUCAGCGUGGUCGGUUUACGUACCGAAGAAAGAGGAGAAAUCGGUAUUUUCAUUCAAGAAAUUCAGCCCAACGGAAUCGCUGCCAGAGACGGCCGUCUUCGCGAAGGUGAUCAAAUACUGGCUAUUGAUGGACAACCUUUGGAUACGAAUGUAUCGCAUCAGCAAGCUAUUGCGAUACUGCAGCAAGCCCGAGGUGUUGUGGAAUUGGUGGUAGCAAGACCGAACGAAGCAUCAGCCACACAUUCGCCUUCGCCUUCUGCUCUCAGCGAUACUUCUAAGACUGGAUCAGAUAUGGUGCUAACAUCGGAUUGGGCUCAAGUCGAAGUCAUCGAUUUGAUAAACGAUGGAUCUGGAUUGGGAUUUGGUAUUGUCGGAGGCAGAAGUACCGGGGUCGUUGUUAAGACCAUAUUACCUGGCGGAGUUGCCGAUAAGGAUGGAAGAUUACAAAGCGGCGACCACAUAUUACAAAUAGGCGAAGUGAAUUUACGCGGUAUGGGCAGCGAGCAGGUAGCAGCAGUGCUUAGGCAAUCCGGUAGCCAUGUGAGAAUCGUCGUAGCUCGACCAGUCGAAAGCGGUAAUCCUGAUUAUCAAAUGCUCGAAUCGCAAGCUCCAGUAGUUCCUAGUAAUAUUCUAAACGAUCCGGAAGAAUUGAAUAAAUAUUUCAUGCAACACGGGUAUCCGGAAAUUAACUCCACUCCUCCGAGAUCGGCCAAUGUUAUGGAUGAUUACACAUUGUACAACGGGUCUAGUUCGAAUUUAAACAAUACGCUUUUGGGAGAUGUCGUCGUUCCGGGCUCAUUACCUAUUCUGACGAUGGAUAUGAUACCGGCGGAAAGCUUGACAAAUUUACCAGAAACGGAAAAGUUCAACGUGGAAUUGAGAAAAGAUGCGCACGGAUUGGGCAUCACUAUCGCCGGUUACGUGUGCGAAAAAGAAGAGUUAUCGGGUAUAUUUAUCAAAAGUAUCAACGAAGGUAGUGCAGCCGAUUUGUGCAAAAAGAUACAAGUCAACGAUAGAAUUGUCGAGGUCGAUAACAGAUCGUUACAAGGGUUAACUAAUCACGAAGCCGUUGAAGUGCUUAGAUCGACCGGGCAAAUUGUAAUCUUGAGCUUGGAACGAUACCUGAGAGGACCGAAAUUCGAACAGUUACAAUUGGCCAUUGCUAAUAGCGAAUCGAAACCUACGUCUCAACCUUCUCCGUCGAUUGCGUCUCUUCCACGGUUUCCAAUUAUGGCUGACGAAGAAUCAACUACAAUGAUCGACAUGGACGGCGAAGAAUCGAAAACAACGAUCGAUUCGGCAGUCAUAUUGGACGCUGCGAGUAACGAAAUCGAUUUAGAAUCGUUGAUCGAUUGUAACUACGAAGGUCCUUUGAAACCAACAGUCGAAGCAGCUUUACAAGCGAAAUGGUCUAGUAUACUGGGCCCGGAACAUGAAAUUAUUGUCAGUCAGUUGAGCAAAUUCAGCGAUGGAGGCGGUUUGGGUAUAAGUCUCGAAGGAACGGUCGAUGUCGUGAAUGGGAAAGAGAUCAGGCCGCAUCAUUAUAUUCGUUCGAUUCUACAAGAAGGUCCGAUUGGUAAACAUACCAGAUUGCGUCCCGGAGACGAAUUGUUAGAGGUUAAUGGCCAUCGUUUGUUGGAUAUGAAUCAUUCAGAAGUUGUGAAAACGCUUAAAGACCUACCGAAACAUUUUCGUUUAGUGUGCAGUCGUAAUUCUGAACAUGUGCCAAUCCAAAUAAUCGAUACUGCUCAAGAGAAAUCAGCAUUUGCCGCCAGAAGUAUACUCGGAGGAAGUUUGAACAACUUGAUUCCGGCAACCGAUCGAUUGGUUAAAGCUAAAUCGGAUGGAUCGUUAGCAUCGACCGGAACUAUAAAUACGGAUACGAGUUUAUCGAAAUUGAAAUCACGAUCGUUAGAACCGCUGACUGGUUUGGCUAUGUGGAGCUCCGAACCUCAGAUUAUCGAAUUAGUUAAAGGAGAACGUGGAUUAGGAUUUUCUAUCCUCGAUUAUCAGGAUCCGAUGAACCCGAGCGAAACGGUGAUCGUUAUUCGUUCGUUGGUACCCGGAGGUGUUGCCCAAAUGGACGGUCGUCUAAUACCCGGCGACAGAUUGCUGAGCGUUAACGACACCGUGCUGGAGAAUGCUUCGCUAGAUCAGGCUGUGCAGGUUUUAAAAGGUGCUCCAAAAGGAAUCGUUCGUAUCGGCGUGGCUAAACCGCUUCCGAUCGCCGAUAGUUUAUCUAAUAGUCAGGUGGAGAAAUCCGACGUGACUGAUAAAAAUGCGGACGAUUCGGGUAGUACGGUCGAUGACCAUUCAAUGUACAGCUGUACAGAGUCACUUGCUAAUUCAGGAGAUUUGCAAGAUGAUCAAUUAAUAGAACAGUUACCAGACGAGCCGGAUAAACCUUCGGUCGAAGAGUCUUCCUCUAUCCAAUCGCCUUGCGAAUCAAGACUGGAGCCAGAUGAAGAGUCUAUUAUAGACGAAGGCAUCAAAUCGUUACCAUUACCUAGCGCUUUGGAAACCGAGAUCAAAAUACUCAAAGGAUGUAAAUCAUUGGGUAUCAACGUCGAAUGCCUCGGUGACGGAGCGAACGGUAUGAUUGUUACGGAGGUUACCCCUGGUGGAGCUUUUGAUCACGAUGGCAGAGUCUCAGUGGGAGAUUUCUUAUUAUCAAUUAAUAACGAAACUUUGCGACGCUCGACUCAGUCGCAAGCGCGAUCCAUACUGAAAAGAACUCAACUGCUGUCUACCGAUAUAUCAGUCGUCUACAUACCUGCCAAAGACGCGCUGAAUUACUGGAAAUCGUUGAAAAAGUCCGAUAUCACGCCGUUACCGCCGCCUCAUAUUUCGUCGCAGAUAUCGCCCAGGAUAUUUCCGCAAUAUUAUCGCUCGCCAUAUAUCGAAUCGUCGAAAAGCCUACCGAAUACCAGUUACCUGCAAUCCGUCGAUCUCACCCUAAUUCCGCGGAAAGCUUCGUUAACGGUAGCAAACCAGGCAUUCUACCGCAGCAAAAAAGUCUUCAAGAGUGAUAAUCUAGUCAGAAGCGCGACCGCCACCACCGCCUCGUCGAUAACGCAAAUCACCAGCCUUAGCAUCGAUAUUCCGACGUUGAGCCGGAGCGAGAACUGCGUCAUCGAGUCAGCGAAAUCCGCAUUCGAAGUUAAUUUAGAUAAAAGCGGUUUAAAUUAUUUAAGAGACUCGGUCAAAUCGGAAGAAAAUAUCUUAAACUACACGAAAUGUAUUUCUUUAAGUGAAAACUCGCUCAACGCUAGUAAAUGUUCUAGUAGUAAAGAUAUAUAUUCGAGUCACGAUAGCGAUAGCACAGAUUUCAUUAAAUCCGGCGAAAACGUAUCGCAGUUCGAGUACUCGUCAAAAUCCGAAAGUGAUAUUUCGAAUCAUCGUAUUAGUCUUCCCGAAGAUGAAUUGCUCAAGGCGGAAAUUAGAGAAUUAGGUCGUUUAUCCAAAUUGCACCGACUCGGUAGCGUCGAUUUGGAAUCCUAUUAUUAUCAUGAUUUAUCUGCCGGAGAGAAAUUGAAGACUUUGCAUAGAUUUGCCAGUACCGGCGUCGAGCUCGGAAACGACGAAUUAGACAUGAUUUUGGAAAAGUCGCCGGAGUCUAAUAAUUUACUUUCCAAGCAUUGGGGACCUGAAAGACGAGUUCAGGUUUACCGUGAUCAGAAUAAUAGUCUUGGUAUUAGCAUCGUCGGUGGAAAGGUUGAUCUAUACAACUCAACGGAAGAAAGCCGAUGUGCAAUAUCGGGAAUUUUCAUCAAAAACGUUAUUCCCGAAAGUCCUGCCGGCAAAAGUGGAGAGCUAAAGACUGGUGACCGUAUUAUCGAAGUAAACGGCGUAGAUUUACACGCAGCCACCCACGAAACAGCUGUACAAACGAUAAAAUCAUCCGGUAGCCCGGUCAUAUUCGUAGUUCAAUCGUUAAUCCAAUGGGGAACAGAAACUCAAAGCGAUUACGAAAGUAGUUCGGAAAAACCAUCGUCGACCGUUAGCAUCACCGGCAACGACGAACAGAAAUCUUCUUUAAUAAGUAAAGAUGAAACUUUAGCGGCUGUUACGAGUAAUGAAAAUCUGCCCGCAGAUUCGCUUCCGCAAACAGCCGCAGCUAAACUAUCCGGUUCUUCGGCCGAACAGAAACGAUUAUUGUUUCACGAAUCAUCGGCUUUGUCAAAAGCAUUAAAAGGUGCUUCCGAUACAGAAGCCAGUAGCGAAUUCGAUGAUGAUAAUGAAAAACACGUCGUUACCAAAGCCGGAAAAUUGAUUAUGAGAGCUAGCGCCGGUAGCUUGAGACGUAGCUUGGAAGAUGAAUCGAUCGACGAAGAAGACGAAGAUGAAUUCGGAUAUACAGAACAUAAAGUUAAAAAGAAAUACGGCCAUUUGGGCGGCGGUGUUAUGAUCGUCGAAUUAGAAAGAGGAUCGAAUGGAUUGGGACUCAGUUUGGCUGGACACAAAGAUCGCACCAAAAUGGCUGUCUUCGUUUGCGGAAUUAAUCCAAAUGGCGCCGCGUAUAAAGCCGGAAAUAUCCAAGUUGGAGAUGAAAUUCUAGAGAUUAACGGGAUCGUAUUACAAGGAAGAUGUCAUUUGAACGCAUCAGCUAUAAUCAAAGGCUUACCGGGACCAGUUUUCAAGAUCAUUAUAUUCAGGAGAGACAGCGUUCCUCCGGAUGGUGCUCACGACGACCUCGCCGUCAAACCGAUUACUCAGUUCCCUGAAACUUUAAAAGAAGAAACGCCAGAAGAAAAAUACGCCAAUUUCAAAGGAGUACGCGUAAUUUCGACGAAAAAGGCUGAUUUGUCUUCCGAAGGUCACAAUGUGAAUUCUGUUCCCUUACAGGGCGCCCAUGGCCUUGGUAUUAUGAUUAUCGAAGGCAAGCAUCCAGAAGUCGGACACGGAAUAUUUAUUUCUGAUAUUCAAGAAGGAAGCGUCGCCGAUCAGGCUGGCUUAAUGGUCGGAGAUAUGAUAUUAUCGGUGAAUAAAGAUACGUUAAUCGGCUCAUCUUACGAUUCGGCGGCGACGUUACUGAAACAGGCCGAAGGUAUAGUUACGUUAGUGGUGUGUAAUCCUAAACGAGAUAUGGCCGAUGGUGCAGCUAAAGAUGCAGAUUCGAAAAUGCUUGGCGCAAAUAGUACACAUGGAGCUACGACACCAUCUAAACCUGAGGUUGUAGAAGAACCACCCUGUGAUCCAGCUACGGCUACCAUACGUCCCGGCCAUGAGUGCACCAUAGAAAUCAACAAGGAUAAGAUGGGAUUAGGAUUGAGUAUAGUUGGUGGCUGUGAUACGUUAUUAGGCGUCAUAAUAAUCCACGAAGUUUAUCCGGACGGAGCGGCUGCCAAAGACGGUCGUCUAAAACCAGGUGAUCAAAUAUUAGAAGUGAACGGCGAAGAUUUCCGUAGUAUUCCGCACAACAAGGCACUAGCAGCUUUAAGGCAAACCCCUUCAAAAAUAACUAUGGUUGUUUAUCGUGACGAAUCCGUAGCCAAUGGUUCGGCCGGUAAGGAGGAAGAUUUACUAGACAGCAUCGACGUUGAAUUGACUAAGAAACCUGGUAAAGGUCUCGGACUGAGUAUCGUUGGACGUAAAAAUGGCAACGGAAUAUUUAUCUCUGAUAUCGUGGCUGGUGGAGCGGCUGGAGUUGACGGAAGGUUAAUGAAAGGUGAUCAGAUAUUGGCUGUGAAUGGUCAAGAUUUAAGGAACUCGACUCAAGAAGAAGCAGCUGCUGUGUUGAAAUUGACGUCGGGCAAAGUGUCCAUUAAAUUGGGAAGACUGAAAGCUAGACCUAGUCCUUCAACUUCGGAUAAUGAGAGUGUUACCUCAGAUGCACCCACGCGUCGUAAUGUGAUAUUGAAACGAGGACCGGAUGGCUAUGGUUUUAGUAUUGUUGGAGGGUAUGGAAGCCCACACGGUGAUCUUCCUAUUUUCAUUAAGACUGUUUUCGAGAAUACGUCUCAAGGAAGGCUGCGUACUGGAGACCAAAUACUCGCCGUUGAUGGGCUCGAACUUGACGGCCUUACGCAUCAAGAAGUCGUACAGAUACUCAAGAAUGCCAACGAUGUUGUGACUUUAACAAUAUUAUCCUGAUAUUCCUUCUUAACUGUAUAUAAUUAUAAUCUACAUGCGUAUGUUUUGUUUUUCUCCUCUUGUUACAUUGUGUAUUGUGUUCACGAAAUACCUUGUUUUUAUUAGAAUAAUUCAAUCAAAACGUUUUUUCUUCUCAUUAAGCUUAAAAUUGUAGCGUUUAGAUUUUUAAUGCAUUUAAACAUUUUUUCUCCUUGUUGCAAUUUACUUUUUUUUUUCAUGUUGUAAUUCCAUUUUACAGUAUUAUUUUAAAGGGAUUACCCGUUAUAGUAAAUUUAUUUCGUUUGUUUCAUUCUCUUCUCUCAGUCGAGAUUUUUCAUCGUUAAUUCUCAUUGUCCUUUUUCUCGUUUUCAUUUUGUAGACUACCUAAUGUUUUAAAAAAAAAUGUACAUUUUAUUUUACGGGGACCACGUGUGUAUAAAAAAAUAUCAAGUCAGCAUGUGUGAAAAAAUUUCGCCCAUCUUUGGUACUUAUAGAAUUAAGUAAUUACCAUUUUUUUUUUUUACCAUGUAAAGAAAAAUUAUCAAAAUUUUUGUUAUUUACUUACUUAGAUAAAAGCAUUUAUUUAGAAGUUUUUUUCUCAAAAUGUCGAAUUUUGAUAAAUUGAAUCAUCGUUGAUUCGUUGCCCGCCGCAUUGUAAAUAUUAUGGUAAUUUUUGAAUGAAUUAAAUAGUCAAAAUGCUCUAUACAACGAUGCCAGUUGAUAAAUUUUAUUUUACAUCGUUUUCGUUGUUAAGGUUUUUAAAUUAUAUUAUGUAAUUUAGGAUCAGUAUUAUAAUUUUUUUUUUCUAAUUUUCCUAACCUUUUUUCCAUGUGAUAGUAAAUUAAGUGUUAUUAUUAUGUUGAAUGUUGUCCCCCCUUUUUUUUUCAUUGCAGUCUUACUAAGGUUGUUGAGAUUUUUUUCAUGUUUUAUGUUUACAUUGUCGCUCGCUUUUAGCACUUUAUUUUAAAUUGUUAUGUAUUUUUUUUUCUUUUUUUUUUUUUUUUUGAAUUUACCUAUGACUGUUAUACAUACAACGAUGUGAAAAAUAGCUAUAUAAAAUCUGAAAUAUAGAUACCUACCUAUCGAUAUUUACCACAGAAUGCUGUGUAAUGAUAAUUUUUUUUCUCUAGGUCAUUUUUUUGCACCCAUAUAACUGUACCCUCCCUUUUUGCUGUAGUAAUUGACAAGAGCACGUAAACAAAAUAAGCCUUGGUUAGCAUAUCAAUGAAAUUUAAACUGUGUAUAUUUAUAUUGGUAUUAUUAAAAAUUUUAUAUUAUU